AUGGCGACCUCGACACUAUUAUCGCGGUGCUCCCGCCUCCCCACAAUAAGAUACUUACGCAGGCUCCCGUCAAUACCAGUACCAGUAGCACAGAGGCGAACGAUCGCAACAGGCCUCACUGCUGCUGUCGAGGAGGAAGAAGAUGCCAGUUUACAGCUCCCAUUCUCAGCUCCGACGACAACGACGACGACACCCCGAUUAGACCAACUCAGGAAGUCUGCAAAGCCGUUCUCAGAGUUCCUGACUGACACAUUCGGGCGCCAACACACAUAUCUCCGAAUAUCUGUUACCGAGCGCUGUAACCUACGAUGUGUCUACUGCAUGCCCGAAGAGGGCGUCCCGCUCUCGCCUCCCGCACACCUCCUCUCUACCCCCGAGAUUCUCGAAAUCGCACGUCUGUUUGUCUCACAGGGCGUCACAAAGAUCAGACUAACAGGCGGGGAGCCCACCGUGCGGAAAGAUAUAGUAGAGCUGGUGGAGGAGCUAGGGAAGUUGAGGAGUAUGGGGUUGAAAGAGGUGGCGAUGACGAGUAAUGGGAUUGCGUUGAAUCGCAAGCUGGAGCGCAUGGUGGACGCGGGGUUGACGGGACUGAACCUGAGCCUGGAUACACUGGAUCCAUGGAAAUUUCAGUUUAUGACUAGGAGGAAAGGUCUCGAACAGGUUCUCAAAACAAUCGAUAAUGCACUCUCUCUUGGCUUCGGCGCCCCCGGCUCUGACAAAAUCCUCAAGAUCAAUUCGGUCGUCAUGAAAGGUGUCAAUGAUAACGAGAUUGGCAACUUUGUCGAGUUGACGCGCGACAAGCCCAUUGAAGUACGUUUCAUCGAAUACAUGCCAUUCGAUGGCAACAAAUGGAACAAAAAGAAGAUGGUCUCAUACAAGGACAUGGUGGACCUCAUUCACACUACACAUCCCAGCCUACAGAAGAUGGCAUCCCAGCGGCCCAAUGACACAAGCAAGAGUUGGUAUGUCCCUGGAUACCAGGGCCGAGUCGGCUUCAUUACGAGCAUGACGCACAACUUCUGCGGAAGCUGCAACAGGCUCCGCAUCACGGGAGACGGCAACCUCAAGGUGUGUCUAUUUGGAGAUGCAGAGGUUAGUCUACGGGACAUGAUGAGAAAAUACCGAGACCGAGAGGCCGAGGUUGGUGCGGGUGAUAGAGCGGUAAUGGAGAGGGAGCUACUAGAUGUCGUGGGUGUGGCAGUGAGGAGAAAGAAGGAGAAACAUGCGGGCAUGGGUGAGCUGGAGAAUAUGAAGAAUCGCCCUAUGAUCUUGAUCGAUAAGGAUCAUAGGGGAGUAGGAGCGACGUCGGCGGCGGCAGCAGUGGGACAUAGGCCGGCUCUCUGGGGACAUCAUUCUUUUCCAGGCGUUACGCGGAGUUCUUCACCUUUAAGCACAAUAAUACCACCCCCAUUCCCACCCCCAUUCCCACCCCCAUCCUUCCUCCAAGCACGAGCAUACUCCACCAAGCCUACCACUCCCCCUCCAUCUCCCGAACAACCCAAACUCACUCACCUCACCCCCACCGGCGAAGCACACAUGGUCAACAUCACCCAAAAAGCCGUCACCUCUCGCACCGCCAGCGCCGCCGGGCGCGUCCACUUCUCCAACCCCACCCCCCUAACCCUCAUCCGUACCAACGCGCUCAAAAAAGGCGAUGUCCUCGCCACCGCCCGCAUCGCCGGCAUCAUGGCCGUCAAGAAGUGCCCCGACCUCAUCCCGCUCUGCCACCCCAUCCUCGUCAGCGGCGUCAAAGUCAGUGUCGAGGCGUGCGGCGGCAAGGGCGAGAACGGGUAUGUGCACAUUGAGGCGACGGUCGAGUGUGUGGGGCAGACGGGCGUGGAGAUGGAGGCGCUGACGGCGGUGGUGGGUGCGGGGUUGACGGUGGUGGACAUGUGUAAGGCGGUGGAUAAGCGGAUGGUGAUUGGGGAGGUGAGGGUUACGAGGAAGGAGGGGGGGAGGAGUGGGGUUUUUGUGGAGUAG